UAUUCUCUUUUCUUCUAGUCUUGUCAGUUUUACCCCAGUCUUAUGCUCUACUGACCCCCAUUAAAGCCCCCAAGAAGAAAAUGGCCAUUAAUGGAGUCGUGGUGCUAGGAUCUUUUAUCAUGGUUUUCCUGAUGCGUCCUCAAGAAUCCUGGGCUAUCAAAGAGGACCAUGUGAUCAUCCAGGCUGAGUUCUAUCUGACGCCUGACCCAUCAGGAGAGUUCAUGUUUGACUUCGAUGGUGAUGAGAUUUUCCACGUGGAUAUGGAAAAGAAGGAGACAGUGUGGAGGCUGGAAGAAUUUGGACGUUUUGCCAGCUUUGAGGCCCAGGGUGCCUUGGCCAACAUAGCUGUGGACAAAGCUAACCUGGACAUCAUGAUAAAGCGCUCCAACCACACCCCGAACACCAAUG